AUGUGGAGAAAGAUUGAUAGGAGAAUUGUGAAGGCAAAAGGAUUCCAGGUUUACAAGGUUGACAACUCAAUCGUUGUAAAAGGAGACAUAUACGAUUGUCAUGUUGAUUUGGAAAGAAAAACAUGCACAUGUGGGAAGUAUGAUAUAGGAAAAAUUCCUUGCCGACACGCCAUUCAUGCAAUUUAUUCACGAGGUAUGGAAGUGCACAGAUUUACUGACGCCUUAUAUAACACUGCAGCGUGGAGAACCGCCUAUGCAGAAUGCAUUAAUCCAAUAGCAGUUCUAGAGUCUAAAUGGAAUGUCCCAGCUGAGGUUAAACUUGCAAAGGUUUUACCACCAAAGACAAGAAAGAGUGCUGGUCGACCAAUAAAGAGAAGGUAUGAAUCAGUAGAAGACAAGAUAAAAUCUUCUCAAGGAUCAAGAAAGAAUAAAAAGCAUAAGUGUAGCCGUUGUGGAACCGAAGGACACAAGAGAGGAACAUGCGAUUUACCCAUCUAG